AGAUUAAUUAGCUGGCACCCAAAAAGAGAAAGGAAUAAACAGCCUUUUGCUUCUCAUAAUAACAAGUCAGAACGAUCGUGCAACACCUCACUGCCUUAGCUAAACUUCCUACACACAUUUUUCUAUCGGCCUACGUGGUCCAAGUCAAUCCUCAUAUACAGUAAACCCAUCAACCCAUAUAAGAGAUCGUUUGGCAGAUGGAAUUCAAUGGAAAGAGAGAUCUCUAAAAAGAUAUGGAUUGGCAUUACACCACAAAACCAUUUCUUCCUCACCCAGACACCUUAAGCUUCUUCUACAACUACAACAACAACAACCCUUAUCCAGGAGUGGAAGUGAAACAGGCGACAUUGUUGGAGACAGGAGAAGGUUCUAUUCCGGCAAUGUACAACGGAAGCAAAGAGAAGAAGAAGCGGUUAACAAGCAACCAGUUAGAGUUAUUGGAGAGGAGCUUCCAGGAGGAGAUAAAGUUAGACCCUGAAAGGAAGAUGAAACUUUCGAGGGAGCUAGGCCUUCAGCCUCGUCAAAUCGCUGUUUGGUUCCAAAAUAGACGUACGAGGUGGAAAACCAAGCAGCUUGAGCACUUAUACGAUGUUCUCAAGCACCAAUAUGAUGUCAUCUCCAACGAAAAGCAAAUGCUUCAAGAAGAGGUUGUGAAGUUGAAGGCAAUGCUAAGUAAAGAGGAAGGUUUUGGGAAGCAAAGAUUGGGUGGUUAUGAAGAAAUAUCAGGAAUAGAAACGGUAGAAAGCACUUCAGAGGGUCUAAGGGGUUCGAACAAGGCACAGGGAAAGAGUAACAUUGAGCAGGUCGCAGAUGAGGGUUUUUGCUCUUUCAGCGUGGAGGAUUAUAACACUGUUUCAGUGCCUUUCUGCCAGUGGCCUGUUAUGCCUUAUUAGCUAUCAUAAUAUAAUUUAUCCAUAGUUAAUGUUCCAAAAGUACGAACAUUAGUAUUAGUGUUGUUACGUAGAAGAUGAUAUAACCUUUGUCUGAAUGACAUUAGGAUCUGUGCAGACAUGUCUGGUUGUAGUUAUGACUCCUGAAACACCUAAGCAGCAGGGCAUGCGUAAUUUAACUUGUAGUUUAGUUUCAAGUAAUUAAUUGACUUGCAUAAAGUCUUAUUAUUACGUACUAUACCUACUUACUUCUGUGGCUACCACUUUAUCUAUCAUACUUACCACGUAGUUUAGUGGUCCCAAAUCAUUAUUUUUUAUUUUACUUUUAUAUUGGAGGUUUCAUUUGUAGUCAGAUUGACAAAUUCGGAUUCUCC